CCAGGCGAAGCACUUCGACAGAAAGGUUUCUCAUUCCUCCUGUCCAAAUUUGAAGGCUUCAUCAAACUGAACUUUAUGUUUUGUUUGGAAUUCCUUUAAAACUACCUGUCAGGUGUUCCGGGCGCUGGUUUUGACCUUUGUACUGGUUUUGUUUGAAUUCCUGCAGUCUACAUUUGCUUAGAUUAUAACAGUAAUGGACUUUUCAAAUGGAUUCUGCCCUCAUCAAAGUGUUCCUGUCGAGGUGGACGAGAACAUGACACCCUCCAGUCCAGGUUUGGACUGGCCCCCUAAUUGCCAGCAAUGCAGUGGACCGGGGAACAGCAGAAUCUGGGAUCAAACUGGGGACAUGAACAUCCAUGUCAACCGGGAGAGACUACUUCAGCGUUAUUUUCAAAGUGUAUCCAAAAUAAGUCCUCCUCCCUCCGACCCGUUCUUCAAUCCACAGAAUACAGACAUCCAGGGUGCCUAUGUUUGGCUUCCAAGACAAGAAGGGAAUCACCAUAGUAGUUUUAAUAAACGUCAAAACUCCUCUGAGAGUUCAGUUAAUGAGGCAGAUGGCUUGGAGCAGCCACUUCCACUCAUAUCUGACACCAACGCCGGCUACUACGUUCCACCACGCUACCCAGCAGCACAUGCACCUGGCCACUGCUUCCAUCCAAUGAAGGAGAGUUGUCUUAAACACUGUGCGUGUCCACAUCAGAGAGUACCACCCUACCAGCGGGCAUGGAACCAUCCCGGAAAUAAUAUGCAUUGUAAAGAUGUUUCAAAUGCCAUUAAUACCCCUCAACCACAAGCUGGGGUGGCUCCGAGGGAUGUCAUCUGUGAGGUCAGUUUAGGUUACCCAAUUCAGGCAAAUCCAGGAACAGGUACUAGAGAGACAAGGAAGACUAUCACUUUACCUGAAGAAUACCGGAAUGUUUUCAUCACGUAUUCAGUGGACGCAGCUGAUGAAAUGACUGUCUUCACCAAAUUUCUAAUAAGUCAGGGCUUCAAACCAGCAAUUGACAUAUUUGACAAUGCGACCAGACGAAUGGGCAUCACCAGAUGGAUGGACAGAUUUUUGAAUGAUAAAUCCGUCCUCAUCAUUGUGGCAAUCAGCCCCAAGUACAAGGAAGAUGUCGAAGGGGAUGGUGAUGACGAGCAUGGGCUGCACACCAAGUACAUCCACAACCAGAUUCAAAAUGAAUUCAUCCAACAAGGCUGUCUGAACUUCAGACUGAUACCGGUCUUGUUCUCCAAUGCGACUAAGAAACAUGUCCCCAGCUGGCUUCAGAACACAAGGAUCUACAGGUGGCCUCAUGACACGCAGAACCUGCUUUUACGCCUGCUUAGGGAGGAGCGCUACAUCAUUCCACAGGCAGAGGCAUCUCUCACCCUCACAAUUUCUCCACUAUGAAAAAACUAAACAAAACAAUACUGCUUGACAAGAGCCCAAAACAGCCUUCAAGGGGAAAUUAUAUUUUUAAGGACUUUCUAAACUUAUGUUACCUUUUUUUUUUUUUUUUUUUUUUUUUUUUUUAAAUUCCAUGAUAAGUUCCAUGAUAAUUCCAUUUUUUUAAAGACAAUAUUGUUAGGAUCUGUGUUUUGUUGAGGUUUUUUAUUCCUGCUGAUCCUUGUGUGGUUGCAUUUGUUUCUUGCUUCUGUUAUCUGCUUGUUCCUAGUGUUCCAAUUGCUGUACAGUGUAUAAGAAAUGCAUAUUGAAGACAUAAGGAGACAAUACCAGGGGGAAAAUUCACGAUCUGUUGCAUGAGUUGUUGUUUUUUUUUAACUGAUUCUGUAAUUUUUUUAGCGUUGAUUUCAAAUCUUCCAUCAGUUUUUUUUUCUGUAUGCUUUAGUUUUCAUGCAAUCGGCAUUUACUUUUAGUAUAUAUACUGUAUGUCAUGCUGAUAGUAUUUUAUACAAGUUCUUCAUAUGUUUUCACCCAAUAUUAAUAUCUCAAUUCUUUUCAUAUAUAUAUAUAUAUAUUUCAGAAUUUUUGUCAACAUUAUCUUAUCAUCGUUGAUUUAUUUUCAUAUAUUGGAGCACAGUAAAGUAAACCCUGAGCUAAACACCUAACCCUUGUGACAGAUUAUCCCUAUUUUUGGUCUCUUGUGUCUGCAUGUGUCUAAAAGAUGGUAAAGCAUUAAUUAUUUUGCUACAAUGUGUUACUUUUUAAGUUUAAAAAAAUUUUUUUUUUUUUUUAAUUUAUUUAUUUUUUAAUAACAGCUACAUGACCGUGUGUAACACAUGGAAAACAGUGUGCAGUGUCAAGGUGUAACGAAUAUUAUUGACCAGUAGGUGUCAGUAUGUCUCAAAUAAUCAAAACGCCAAAGCACCCAACCGUUAAUGGACCAAGAAAAACUGCAUGUAAUGUUUUUUUUAAAUCAUUGAUUAAUCGGAUUAAUGUCACUUUUUAUUUUCAGUUACCUUCAGAAUUUAACUUGAAGUUGUUUGAGGCAUGCUGUAUGGAACAAUGAAGACAAAAUAGAUGACUAUUUACUUCAAAAAUAAUAUUUUAUUACAGCUUCAUGACUUAACUGUAGUCUACAACUAUACUGUU